CGGCAGCACUUCGAUCGAAACGGACGUGUCUCCACUUCUCUCGCCGCUUGCUCGCGUGUUUUUGUUGUUCGUCCAACGCAUCCGCCCCCCCAACCCUUCGCCGGAAUCGAGUGAUAAUCCAUCUGUGGAAGACAAAAGCCAUGUUGAAAUCCAUUCUCGUUUUGUCGUGCCUUCUGGUGGUGGCCAUCAGCAACAGCCUCGUCAGCGCCGAGGAUCUGAAAGUGGAGGUGAUCAGCACGCCGGAGGUGUGUGACCAAAAGUCCAAGUCCGGCGAUUCCCUCACCAUGCACUACACUGGAACCCUGCAGGCCGAUGGCAAGAAGUUCGAUUCGAGCUUCGACCGCGACCAGCCCUUCACAUUCCAAUUGGGCGCCGGCCAGGUGAUUAAGGGCUGGGAUCAGGGACUCCUCAACAUGUGCGUGGGUGAGAAGCGCAAGCUGACGAUUCCUCCCCAGUUGGGCUAUGGCGAUCAGGGUGCCGGCAACGUCAUUCCCCCCAAGGCCACCCUCUUGUUCGAUGUGGAGCUGAUCAACAUCGGCAACGCCCCGCCCACCACCAAUGUCUUCAAGGAGAUCGACGAUAAUGCCGACAAGCAGCUGAGUCGCGAAGAGGUAAUCGUCUAUGUCAGCGAGUAUCUGAAGAAGCAGAUGACCGCCGUCGAGGGUCAGGACUCCGCCGAGCUGAAGAACAUGCUGGCUGAGAACGACAAGCUGGUGGAGGAGAUCUUCCAGCACGAGGAUAAGGACAAGAACGGCUUCAUCUCGCACGACGAGUUCUCCGGACCCAAACACGACGAGCUGUAGGGCUUAUCAAAGGGGGUUUUUUGGUGUACGCCAACAUCGAAGGGACACGUGUGCUUAAGUUAUAUAAAACCCAAAUAUAUACACAAAACUAAACAAGAAUAUACAACAGAUGAGGCAGAAGCCGAGCAAUAAAUCGAGUGCAACUGAUGCUUCCCGAUGUCAUUUUGUAUAUAGCAUACAUAUCAGCAUCUAAACAUCAACACAUUAGAGGAGUGCAUUAUUAUUAUUUUGUGUGUCUGUCCCCCGGUACUAGACGUAGUUAAAAUUAUGUACAAUCUGAGAGCGAAUGAACAUCAUUUUUAUAUACAUUUAUAGGUUGUUAUAUAUUUUGUGUCGUCUGCGGGUGGUGACGAUUUUUAGACCCAUCGUAAAGAUAAUGUUCGUAAUGUAUUUUGUAAAUCAGACACACUCUUAAGUGGAAGUCAAUUGGAACACUUUAAAUUGAAUAAAGAAUUGCUACCAAUAAUUUAACAAGAA